AUGUCCGGAUUUCUCGAAAAUGCCUACAGCCUGGUUCACCAAGCAGACGCGGCCGACGUGCCCUCUGUGUCGGAUCUGCGUAUGCAGCUGGAGAAAGGCACUGAUGAGACAAAAGUCGAGACCAUGAAGAGAAUACUCACAAUCAUGCUGAAUGGAGAUCCAAUGCCGACCUUGCUCAUGCAUAUCAUCCGAUUCGUCAUGCCGUCGAAGCACAAACCAUUGAAGAAGCUUCUAUAUUUCUACUAUGAGAUUUGCCCGAAGCUGGAUUCGAGCGGCAAAUUGAAGCAGGAAAUGAUUUUGGUUUGUAAUGGUAUCCGGAACGACCUUCAGCAUCCCAAUGAGUAUAUUCGAGGAAAUACGCUGCGUUUUCUUUGCAAGUUGCGCGAGCCCGAGCUAAUCGAGCCUCUUCUCUCUUCGGCACGAUCCUGUCUUGAGCAUCGCCACGCGUAUGUCCGUAAGAAUGCCGUAUUUGCCGUCUCGUCGAUAUUUGCACAUUCUCCGUCACUCAUUCCUGACGCAUCGGAGCUUCUCGCUACCUUUGUGGAAGGUGAAACUGAUGCGACAUGCAAGAGAAAUGCGUUCGCUGCCCUUGCAAAUAUAAAUCACGAUGCAGCCCUCUUGUAUCUAAGCUCUGUCUUUGACGGCAUACCAAACGCGGAGGAAUUGCUGCAACUAGUAGAGCUUGAGUUCAUUCGAAAAGAUGCUGUGCAGAACUCCCAGAACAAGGCUCGAUAUUUAAGGCUCAUUUUUGACUUACUGGAGGCGGGUGCCUCGACUGUCGUAUAUGAGGCGGCAUCCUCCUUGACGGCGUUGACGAAUAACCCUGUGGCAGUCAAGGCUGCUGCGACAAAAUUCAUCGAACUCAGCAUAAAGGAAGCUGACAAUAAUGUCAAGCUUAUCGUUUUGGAUCGUGUCGAUCAGCUACGCAAGAAUAAUGAAGGGGUGCUGGACGAUCUGGUUAUGGAGGUGCUAAGAGUUCUUUCUAGCACAGACCUUGACGUCCGCAGAAAGGCUCUUGACAUCGCCUUAGAAAUGGUUUCUAGCAAGAACGUCGAGGAAGUCGUUCUCCUAUUGAAGAAGGAGCUAUCCAAAACCGUUGACCAGGAGUAUGAGAAGAAUUCCGAGUACCGAUCUCUUCUGAUUCAUUCCAUUCACCAAUGCGCCAUCAAGUUUUCAGAAGUCGCCGCCAGCGUGGUAGAAUUGCUGAUGGAUUUCAUCGCGGAUUUCAACAAUGCGUCGGCGGUGGACGUCAUCAAUUUUGUGAAAGAGGUUGUGGAAAAGUUCCCAGCGCUCCGAAAGACAAUUGUCGAACGCUUGGUUGCUACACUUGGCGAGGUUCGUGCUGGUAAAGUAUACAGAGGCAUCAUGUGGAUCAUUGGAGAAUACUCGUUGGAAGAGAAAGACAUUCGAGAUGCAUGGAAACGAAUACGGGCCAGCUUGGGCGAGAUCCCCAUCCUCGCAUCAGAGCAACGCCUCUUAGAAGAGCAGGAUGGUGACGAGCGACCCGAGGACCAAGUCAAUGGUAACUCAAAGCCGGCAGCGCCGAGUGGCUCACGGAAGGUCUUGGCCGAUGGGACAUAUGCCACGGAAACUGCUUUAACUAGCCAAUCCUCUGCAGCCGCUAGGCUCGAGGCUGUGAAAGCAGCACAGAAGCCUCCACUUCGUCAACUUAUCCUGGAUGGAGACUAUUAUCUAGCAACAGUUCUUUCGUCGACGCUUGUGAAACUGGUCAUGCGGCAUUCCGAAAUAUCCUCCGAUAACGCGCGGACCAAUGCACUGAGAGCAGAAGCGAUGCUCAUCAUGAUUUCAAUUCUACGCGUUGGCCAAUCACAGUUUGUCAAGGCUCCUAUUGACGAAGAUUCCGUCGACCGCAUUAUGUCCUGUGUGCGAUCCCUUGCGGAUUUUAGCUCUAAGAAGGAGCUCGAGAACGUAUGGCUCAACGAUACGAGGAAGGCAUUCCGUGCAAUGGUGCAAGUGGAAGAGAAGAAGCGUGAGGCUAAAGAAGCAUAUGAGCGAGCUAAAUCAGCUGUCCAGGUCGACGACGUCGUGCAAAUCCGCCAACUUUCCAAACGGAACGCUACGGAUGGAGCGGAGGGAAUUGAAUUAGAUCUGGAGAGAGCAACUGGUGGCGAAGCAACCACAGAAGACCUGUCUUCUAAACUGAGUCGCGUUGUGCAACUAACCGGCUUUUCAGACCCUGUCUACGCAGAGGCGUACGUCAAGGUGCAUCAAUUCGAUAUCGUCCUCGAUGUACUCCUUGUCAAUCAAACGACCGAGACGCUUCAAAACUUGUCUGUUGAAUUCGCCACGUUAGGCGACUUGAAGGUUGUUGAGCGACCAACAACCCAGAAUCUUGGACCCCACGAUUUCCACAAUGUUCAAUGCACCAUCAAGGUCUCAUCCACGGACACGGGUGUCAUAUUUGGCAACGUCGUAUACGAUGGCGCUCACUCUACUGAUACAAAUGUGGUAAUUCUAAACGAUUUGCAUGUAGACAUCAUGGACUAUAUCCAGCCAGCUACGUGCACAGAGACACAAUUCCGAACAAUGUGGACUGAAUUCGAAUGGGAGAACAAGGUCAACAUCAAUUCAAAAGCCAAAUCAUUGCGAGAUUUCUUGGAUCAGUUGAUGGCUUGUACCAAUAUGAACUGCUUGACACCUGAAGCUAGCCUUAAAGGAGACUGCCAAUUUUUAAGCGCAAAUCUGUACGCUCGAUCGGUAUUCGGUGAGGAUGCUCUGGCCAAUCUUAGCAUCGAAAAGGAGGGAGAUGACGGUCCCAUCACUGGAUUUGUCCGCAUACGAAGCAGAUCUCAGGGCCUUGCUUUGAGCCUGGGUUCCCUGAAAGGAUUAAACAAAAUCGGAUCUUCGACAUAA